AUGGGUUAUGGGCAAAUCCUCCACCAUCAUGGGAAAGAGGGGGACCAGGUCCACCUCAACGUGGGGGGGAUGCGGCAUGAAGUGGAUCCAGACAUGCUGCUCCGCUUCCCUCACACACGUCUGGCUCGUCUUCUGCGCUGCCAAAGUGAGGCGGCGAUUCUGGAGCUGUGUGACGACUACAGUCCGGCUGAGAAGGAAUACUACUUUGACAGGAAUCCCAGAGUUUUUCUUUGUGUGCUCAACUUCUACCACACGGGACGUAUCCACAUGAUGGAGGAGUUGUGUGUCUUCUCCUUCAGCCAGGAGAUCGAGUACUGGGGCAUCCAGGAGCUCCACCUGAGCCCUUGCUGCAGCAGCUGGUACCAUGAGAGGAAGGGAUAUAUUGAGGACAGAGAAUGGGACAUCAGGAGUGAUGACCAGCAGCAGCCAAGCUUUGACUCUUCCCUGGAGGAGCUCUCUGCUCUAGAUAAAGACCUGGCCAAGUUCAAAGGUGCCUGGUGUGCGGAGGUGAGGAGUUACGUUUGGCUCAGGCUAGAAGAUCCAGGCCACUCCAGAGCCUCAAAAGUCAUUGCCGUGGCCUCCCUCAGCGUGGUGUUGACCUCUAUUGUUGCCAUGUGUGUCCACAGCAUGCCUGAGUUUCAGAAAGUGGAUGACAAUGACAGGUCCAUUGAGGACCCUGUUCUCACAAUCCUGGAGGAGAUAUGCAUUGCAUUCUUCUCUGCUGAGUUCAUUAUCAGGCUGAUUGUUGCACCUUCCUGCAGGAAGUUCCUCGGAAACCCUUUAAACAUUAUCGAUGUAGCUUCCAUUUUACCGUUUUAUGCCACUUUAGCACUGGAGACAGGAGAUGAGGAUGGUGCAGAGGAGAAUGAGAACAUUGAGAAUGUGGGGAAGGUGGUGCAGGUUCUGCGCCUCAUGAGGGUUCUCCGGAUCCUCAAACUGGCUCGUCACUCCAUCGGGCUGCGAGCUCUGGGUGCAACUGUCCGCCACAGCUACCACGAAGUGGGCCUGCUUCUUCUGUUCCUCUCUGUAGGGAUUACCAUCUUUUCUGCGCUCAUCUACUUUGCAGAGAAGGAGGAAAAGAACACUGACUUGGGGACCAUUCCUUCAUGCUGGUGGUGGGCCACAAUCACCAUGACCACAGUCGGUUACGGUGACACCUGCCCGGUGACAUUUGCAGGGAAGAUAGUGGCUACACUGUGCAUUGUGUGUGGCCUGUUAGUGGUGGCUCUGCCCAUCACUAUAAUCUUUAAUAAGUUUUCAAAGUACUAUCAAAGAAACAAAGCCAUGGAGGGGAAAUGUAUCACCAAGCCUAGAAGGCAAGACCCAGAACUCCCUUUUUAUAACAUCAGAGACUUAUUCAUACAGAGUGCAUAUCCCUUUAUCGGAGGUUUUGCUUUCAGGAACAGUAAGACCAGUGCAGGGGAUGACACGGAUGCCUCCAGUCUCCAGGACAUAGAGGUGUAUGAUAAUGACACGUGUGAAAAUGCUGCAGCAAAAUGAGAUCCCCACUAUGUCACAGUGUGUCACUCCUGUGAUGGCAAGUCACUCCAUGCCUCUCAGGGCAAAGCACUCCAUCACUGACCCUGCUGCACUCUACUGUCUUCCACCUGCAAUUUUACAGAGAAAUAUCAUAGCCAUGAGGGGUUUCCCCCUAAAAGAGACCAGCUUGUGAAAUACAGCAUCUCUAUAGCCAUGAAGUCUAUAGAGAUUUAUUUGAAACUUGCUCAGAGGUUUGAAAGCCCAUUUUUUGCUUGAGUAAACUGCAGUGAUGCA